AUGAACAGAGAGGGUGAAAAUACUACCAUGUUUAACUCCACAUUUGUUCGUCCUCUACAUUUUUAUCUCGGUGGGUUUUACAACAUCCCUCAUGUUAAGUAUUACUAUGUCUUCUUGUGCUUUGUGUACAUCAUGACUGUGCUUAGCAAUGGUUUCCUCCUCUCUGUUAUUUACCUGGUGAAGACUCUCCACACUCCCAGAUACAUAAUAGUGUUCAACCUGGCUCUGACAGAUUUGUGUGGGAGCACUGCUCUCAUCCCAAAGCUCUUGGACACGUUUUUGUUUAACAGGAGGUACAUUGCUUAUGAGGCCUGCUUAAGUUACAUGUUCUUUGUUUUAUUCUUUGGAAGUAUGCAAUCAUGGACUCUAGUCAUAAUGGCCUAUGACAGAUUUGUAGCAAUUUGCUUUCCAUUGAGAUAUAACAUUAUUGUAACAAGGAAAUCAAUAGUUACUAUUCUGUUGUGUUCAUGGACAUCUCUAGUCAUGGUCAUUGGAGCCUUGGUUGGACUUCUUGAGCGCCUGUCCUUCUGUGCAUCUGUGGUAAUACAAAGUUUUUUCUGUGAUUAUGGACCAACAUAUCGUUUGGCAUGUAAUAAUACAUACAUAAACUACAUAAUGGCUAAUUUCACUUUUGCUAUAGUCAUUUGGAUUCCUCUUGUACCGAUAGGAGCUACGUACAUUUGCAUUUCUAUAGCACUGAGCAGAACUGCAUCCAGAGAAAAACGACUUAAAGCAAUGGGAACUUGUACUUCUCAUCUGAUUCUGGUGGCCCUUUUUUUUAUACCAUAUCUGGGCACAAAUUUAACAGUGAAAACUAACGGCAUUGAUCCUAAUAUGAGGAUAUUAAAUUCUAGUUUAUCACACACAGUUCCCUCUCUGCUAAAUCCGAUCAUAUACGCUUUAAAGACAAAAGAAGUGAUAAAUGCUUUUAAGAGGCUUUGCAAAAGAAAAAAGAUAAACAAACUUGUCUCACAAUUGCAAACUCGAACUUCUUAG